CUGUCCCUGCCUCCUGACAGUCGCUGGCAGUGCUCAGCGGGCGAAACAGGCUGCACCUCUUCUCUCCCAAAAGAUACCGAUUUUUUCACCCCUCUCUCUCCCCCCAACAAUUCCGUUUAUCCUACUAUUUGUACUUUUUGCUAGGACCAAGGGGGAGAUUGCUUCAGUGAUGCAGUGAUUCUAGUAAAAAACGAGGAGGGCUACGCGGAGCAUCCUUUAAAGAAGUAAACUGGACUAAGAUCGCGAAAUGGUUUUUUAGAGCAUUGCUGGUGAAGGAGGCAACGCCAGAAGCCAUAAGCAAUGACUCUGUUCUCCUGCUUCAGCACGAUGCAGUGGAUCUGACGGCUGCCUGCCUCCUACGUCCCCUUAGAUGGUCCAAAAAAGAAACAAAAUAGAUAGAUAGAUAAAUAUAUAGAUAGAUAGAGAGAUAGAUAGAAGGAAGGAACUCCACGAUGUUCCAAAAACGAGGAAGAGAACUGAUGGAUAUCUCCAACAUAUGUCGCUUCUGAGAAACCCGGAUUAUAAACUGGAAGAUAAACAGAAAGAGGGCGGAGAAAACUCAUAUUUUUUUUUUUUUUUUACGAAUGCUGCCAAACUUUUUAAGGUCUGAGAGGAUGCUGCACGGUCAUGUCUUUUACUACCGGAGACUUGCGGACGAGUAGACUGCAGUUAUGCAAACGGGGUCCUUAAUCCAUAUCAACGAUGCGCUGAAGCAAAUGAUUUGCUUUCCAUAGUGAGCCGGAAGUACAGUUGUGCAUCGUUUUAGUUGAGCACGUCUUCCUUUAGAACCCUUCAUUUUUUCAUCCGUCCAUUAACAAAAAAAAAAAACCUCCAUCAGACCUAUGACCAUGGUGCUUGUGAUGAGGCAAGGGGCUCAUUUAAUCUGGUUGGGCCUGCUGGUGUGUUGUACUGUGGACCUAGGGGCCAGCUUGGAGUUCACGGGUGCCGAGGGACAGUGGGCCCGCUUCCCCAUGUGGAACGCUUGCUGUGAGAGCGAGAUGAGCUUCAACAUGAAGACCAAGAGCUCAGACGGGCUGCUGGUCUAUUUCGACGACGAAGGCUUCUGCGAUUUCCUGGAGCUGCUUUUGCACAAGGGCAAGCUGAGCCUGCGCUUCUCCAUCUUCUGCGCCGAGCCGGCCACCGUGCUCUCUGACACGGCCAUCAACGACAAAGAGUGGCACGCCGUGACGAUAAGGAGGAACUUCAAAAACACGACCCUCAUGGUGGACAGGGAGGUGAAGUGGGUGGAGGUUAAAUCGCGGCGACGGGAUAUGACUGUCUUCAGCCACCUGUUUUUGGGCGGAAUACCGCCUGAACUGCGCUCUCUAGCCUUAAAACUCACCUCUUCUACGGUAAAGGAUCAGGUCCCCUUUAAGGGAUGGAUAAGAGACUUGAGAGUGAACAACUCGGAGCCGGUCCUCUUGAGCAGCGAAGGGGUCAAAGAUGAUAUUUGCGGUGCUGAGAACGUGUGCUUGAACGGGGGAAUCUGCAGCGUCGUCAAUGACGAGCCUACCUGUGAUUGUUCGCAGACGGGAUACCAAGGAAAGGACUGCAGUGAAGAGGACCGCUAUGUGGGAGGUCUUGCGCACCUGAUGAUGGGCGACCAAGGAAAAGAAGAAUAUGUAGCUACCUUCAGGGGCUCUGAAUACUUCUGCUACGACCUGUCCAUGAACCCCAUCCAGAGCAGCAGCGACGAGAUCACGCUCUCCUUCAAGACCCUGCAGAGGAACGGACUGAUGCUGCACACGGGCAAAUCGGCCGACUACGUCAACCUCGCUCUGAAAAACGGGGCGGUCUCGCUUGUCAUUAAUCUGGGCUCGGGGGCCUUUGAAGCCCUCGUGGAGCCUGUCAAUGGGAAGUUUAAUGACAAUGAUUGGCAUGAUGUCAAAGUAACCAGGAAUCUACGUCAGCACUCAGGCAUUGGACACGCUAUGGUAACAAUAUCUGUGGAUGGGAUUCUGACCACCACGGGAUACACGCAGGAGGAUUACACCAUGCUAGGGUCCGACGACUUUUUCUAUGUUGGAGGCAGUCCCAGUACUGCAGAUCUGCCCGGAUCGCCCGUUAGCAACAACUUUAUGGGUUGUUUAAAGGAGGUUGUGUACAAGAAUAACGACGUGCGACUGGAGCUUUCCCGGUUGGCCAAGCAGGGCGAUGCCAAGAUGAAGAUCCACGGGGUGGUGGCCUUCAAGUGCGAGAACGUGGCCAACCUGGACCCGGUGACCUUCGAGACGCCCGAGUCCUUCAUCACGCUGCACAAGUGGAACGCCAAGAAGACAGGCUCCAUCUCCUUCGACUUCCGUACCACAGAACCCAACGGCCUGCUGCUGUUCAGCCAUGGCAAACCCAAGCAGCCCAAGGACAGCAAGAACCCCCAGACCCUUAAGGUGGACUUCUUCGCCAUGGAGAUGCUGGAUGGCCACCUAUACCUGCUACUGGACAUGGGCUCUGGCACCACCAAGACCAAGGCCAUCAACAAGAAGGUCAACGAUGGGGAGUGGUACCACGUGGACUUCCAGCGGGAUGGGAGAUCAGGUACCAUCUCCAUCAACACCUUGCGAACACCGUACACAGCACCAGGUGAAAGUGAGAUCUUGGACCUGGAUGACCACCUAUAUUUGGGCGGGCUGCCAGAGAACCGCGUGGGUCUGGUGUUCCCCACCGAGGUGUGGACAGCGCUCCUCAACUACGGUUACGUGGGCUGCAUCCGUGACCUCUUCAUCGACGGCCAGAGCAAGGACGUGCGCCGCAUCGCCGAGGCGCAGAAAGCCGCCGGCGUCAAGCCCUCCUGCACAAAGGAGCCACCCAAGCAGUGCCUGAGCAACCCGUGCCAGAACAGCGGCACGUGCCGUGAGGGCUGGAACCGCUACGUGUGCGACUGCUCGGGGACCGGCUUCCUGGGCCGCUCCUGUGAGAGAGAUGCCACCAUCCUCAGCUACGACGGCAGCAAGUUCAUGAAGAUCCAGCUACCGGUGGUGAUGCACACGGAGGCAGAGGACGUGUCUCUUCGCUUCCGUUCCCAGAGGGCCUACGGAGUCCUCCUGGCCACCACGUCACGGGAUUCGGCGGACACCCUGCGGCUGGAACUGGACGCUGGCCGUGUCCGGCUCUCUGUCAACCUAGACUGUAUCAGGAUUAACUGUACCUCCAGCAAGGGUCCGGAGACCAUUUUUGCCGGCUAUAAUCUGAAUGAUAACGAGUGGCACACGGUUCGUGUGGUCAGAAGGGGGAAGAGCCUGAAGCUGACCGUGGAUGAGCUGCAGCCCGUGGAAGCUCAAAUGGCAGGUGACCACACACAGCUGGAGUUCCACAACAUCGAAACGGGGAUUGUGACAGAGAAGCGUCAUAUGUCCACGGUGCCGUCCAACUUCAUCGGACACUUGCAGAGCCUGACCUUCAAUGGAAUGGCCUACAUCGACCUCUGCAAGAAUGGCGACAUCGACUACUGCGAGCUCAAUGCCAUGAUUGGCUUCAAGAACAUCAUCGCCGAUCCCGUGACCUUCAAGUCUCGCUCCAGCUACGUGUCGCUGACCACUCUUCAGGCCUACUACACCAUGCACCUCUUCUUCCAGUUCAAGACCACCUCCUCCGACGGCCUCAUUCUAUAUAACAGUGGGGAUGGCAACGACUUCAUCGUGGUGGAGCUGGUUAAGGGGUACCUGCAUUAUGUGUGGGACCUUGGAAACGGACCAAGCCUCAUCAAGGGGAAUUCCAACAAGCCACUCAACGACAACCACUGGCACAACGUGAUGAUCUCCCGUGAUGCCAACAACUUGCACACAGUCAAGAUUGACACCAAGGUCACCACACAGAUCUCAUCAGGGGCGAAGAACCUCGACCUGAAAGGCGACCUGUACAUCGGAGGGCUGGCCAAGGAGAUGUACAGGGACCUGCCCAAGCUGGUGCAUGCCAAAGACGGCUUCCAGGGGUGCCUGGCUUCGGUGGACCUGAACGGGCGCCUGCCGGACCUGAUGUCAGACGCCCUGGCUUGCGUAGGGCAGAUCGAGAGGGGGUGUGAAGGCCCUAGCACGACCUGCCAGGAGGACUCCUGUGCCAACCAGGGCGUCUGCCUGCAGCAGUGGGAGGGCUUCACCUGCGACUGCAGCAUGACCUCCUUCGGAGGGCCGCUCUGCAACGACGCGGGAACAACGUACAUAUUUGGGCGCGAUGGUGGUCUGAUUAUCUACACGUGGCCGCCGAAUGACCGGCCCAGCACACGGGCAGACCGGCUGACGGUGGGCUUCAGUACUCAGCUGAAGGAUGCGGUUUUGGUGCGAGUGGACAGCUCUUCUGGACUUGGGGAUUACCUCGAGCUACACAUCGAGAAGGGAAACAUUGGUGUAGUAUUCAAUGUUGGGACAGACGACAUUUACAUCGAAGAGACGACAAAGUUUGUAAAUGACGGGAAGUACCACGUAGUACGGUUUACGCGGAGUGGCGGUAACGCCACGCUGCAGGUGGAUGACCUACCUGUCAUUGAGCGGUAUCCCACAGGCAACAUUGAUAACGAACGCCUGGCGAUUGCUAGACAGCGAAUCCCAUAUCGACUUGGUCGAGUAGUUGACGAAUGGCUACUCGACAAAGGCCGCCAGCUCACUAUCUUCAACAGUCAAACCACCAUUAAGAUUGGGGGCAAGGACCGCAGUCGGCCAUUCCAGGGCCAGCUGUCCGGCCUCUACUAUAAUGGCCUCAAGGUUUUCAACAUGGCACUGGAGAACGACCCCAAUGUCAAGAUCGAGGGCAGCGUGCGGCUGGUCGGCGAGUCCCCCUCGUCCAUCACGCCGCAGUCCAGCGCCACCGCUAACCGCUCGGAGACCUCCACCUCCAUUGUGGAGAUCACUACCACCACCGCUUCCAGUCGCCAGGGAAAGCAGCCCACACCCAGGGAGCCCCAGCAGACGACAGAUGACCUGCUGGUGGCGUCAGCGGAGUGUCCGAACGACGACGAGGACAUCGAUCCGUGUGAGCCAAGCUCAGCAAACCCAACGGGUUCUGGCGGCGGGGGUUACCCGGGCCCCUCGGAGGUGAUCCGCGAGUCCAGCAGCACCACGGGGAUGGUGGUGGGCAUCGUGGCGGCAGCGGCCCUCUGCAUCCUCAUCCUCCUCUACGCCAUGUACAAGUACCGCAACCGUGACGAGGGCUCCUACCACGUGGACGAGAGCCGCAAUUACAUCAGCAACUCGGCGCAGUCCAACGGCACCGUCGUCAAGGAGAAGCCGGCCAACAGCGCCAAGAGCUCCAACAAGAACAAGAAGAACAAGGACAAGGAAUAUUAUGUGUGAUCCUGCACAUUUGAGCCAUUGCCGGUCCUGGAACUCAAUUCAAGAGGCGAUGAGAAGACCCACAUAUGUAUAUUAACAAAACUCGAAUGAGAGAAAAAAAAAAAAAACAUU